AUGCACCGCGCGCCCCGCGGCUGCCAUGGCAACUGCUUCCCGUACCGGGCAUGCGCGGCGCCCCUCCCCGCCGCUGCCAUGGCAACCGCGCCCCCUCUCCCGCGCAUGCGCAGCAGCGCCGAGCUGCGGCGGGAGGGCGUCGGGGCGCGGCCACCGCCCCGCACGGACGCGCCUCCCCCGCGCUCCGUCCCCGCCGCCGCCGCCAUGGCCGACCCCGCCGCGCAGUUCCCCGUCGUCUCCUCGUCCUCCUUCCCCUCUUCCCCCUCCUCCGGGCGGCCCCAGCCCGGCGGCUGCCGCGGCGGCUCCGUGUCGUGCACCGAUCCCCCCAUUUCUUCUUCCUCCUCCUCUUCUUCUUCUUCCUCCUCCUCUUCCUCCUCCCAGCCUGUUUCUCUCUUUGCGGCUUCACCAGCGGCCCCGUCCCCGCCCGGCCGGGGGGUCACCCCGGGGCUGCCCCCCCCGAGCCCCCCGGAGUCUCCGGAGUCUCCGUUCGAGGUGGUCCCCGACCGCGCCGCCUUCGACCGCGAGUUCGGCCCCGCGCUGGCGCAGAUCCCCGAGGGCCGCGAGUGCCACUUCGGGCCCCCCCCGGCAUCACGAGGGGGGUCGUCGGUGCCCGGCGGGACCCCCCCCGGCGGGAACCCCCCCGGCAGGGGGACCCUGGGCCGGCCCCCGCCCGGCUCGGCCGCGGCGCUGGAGGAGGUGUCGCGGUGUGUGAGGGAGAUGCACAGCUUCACCAGCGAGCUGCUCACCUGGGACCUGGUCGAGGGCAACGGCCACCUGGGCACCGGGGACGGCGACCUGGGCACCGCCAACGGCAACCUUGGCACCAGGAAUGACGACCUGGGCACCAUCAACGGCGACCUGGGCAUCGGGAAUGGCCCCCCAGGCACCGCCAAGGGCGACCUGGGCACCAGGAAUGGUGACCUGGGCACCGGGAGUGGUGACCUGGGCACCAAGAGCGCUGGAAGUGGCACCGGCAGCGGUGGAAGUGGCACCGGGAGCGGCGAUGUUGGCGCUGGGAAUGGUGGCACCGGCGCUGGGAAAGGAGGCAGCGGCACUGGGAGCGGCGCCGUUACCGGUGGCAUCGGGACCGGUGUCCCGGGCAUCGGGAGCGGCGACCUCAGCGCUGGGAACGAUGGCCCUGGCGCUGGGAGUGACGUCCUGGGCAUCAAGAGUGGUGGCAGUGGCACUGGGAAUGGCAUCUCCGGCGCUGGGAAGGGUGGUCUCGGCGCUGGGAGCGACGUCCUGGGCAUCAGGAGUGGCGCCGGUGGCGGCACUGGUGGCGGGAGCGGCGUCAUCGGGAACGGUGUCCCCGGUGCCCCUGGCGUUGGAGUUGGUGUCCCUGGCACUGGAAUUGGUGUCCCUGGCAUUGGAAGUGACCUCAGCGGCGUCCCCGGCAUCGGGAACGGCUUCGCUGGAGGUGGCACUGGUGGCACUGGUGGCACCGGGCCGGGUGUCCCCGGUGUCCCCCCCGGUGCCGACGGCGACAGCUCUGGUGACUCCGACAGCACCGUCAUCGAGGAGGGGCCGGGAGAGGCCCCCCCGGAGCCCCCCCUGCCCCGUGGGGCCACCCCCGAUGUCCUCGGGGACUGGGAGCAGGAGCACCAGACCCUGCGGGCACUGCGGGAGCUGGGGGGACCCCCCGAGAGCCCCCCGGCCUGGGGCCUCCCCCGCCUGGCAGUGCGGGAUCUGCUGUUCUGGCGGGACGUGAGGAGGAGCGCGGUGGCCUUCGGCGCCAGCCUGGUGCUGCUGCUGUCCCUGGCCACGCUGAGCGCGGUGACCGUGGUGGCCCACGUGGCGCUGGCCCUGCUCUGCGUCACCAUCAGCCUGCGCGUCUACAGGGCCGUGGUGCAGGCCCUGCACAAGUCCGACGAGGGGCACCCCUUCAG